UGCAAUUUGAAUCUAAAUAUCACGCAGAGAGAAAGAGAGAUGGCGGAGGAAAACAAAGUGAGGCUGCAUGGAAUGUGGGUUAGUCCUUUUGUUAGACUUGUGAAACUGGCCCUUGAAAUUAAAGGUAUAGAGUAUGAGUACGUGGAAGAAGAUUUGAAGAACAAAAGCUUAGUGCUGCUCACUUACAACCCUAUCCAUAAGAAGGUUCCUGUACUUGUUGUUAAUGGAAAACCACUUGUUGAGUCACUCAUCAUCCUCGAAUAUAUUGAUGAAACUUGGAAGAAUGGUCCUCGAUUUCUACCUGAAGAUCCAUAUAAAAGAGCACAAAUUCGCUUCUGGUGUAGCUUUGUUCAAAAACAGGUAUUUGAGACCUUGAUGUUAUUACUCAAAUCUGAUGGGGAAGCACAAGACAAAGCUGUGAAGGAAGUGUCCGAGAGAUUAAGCAUGCUUGAAGAGGGAAUUAAGAAUAUUUUUCCGGAGGGGAUUCAAGUCAUUGAUCAGAAGAAUGUGGGACUCUUGGACCUUGUAAUUGUAUCUAUACUUGGCUCCUGUAAGGCACUGGAAGAAUUCCUUGGUUUGAAGCUUAUAGACCCAGAGAAGACCCCCCUUCUAUUUUCUUGGCUGUCAGCACUACUUGAGUUACCUGUGGUGAAGGAGGCACUCCUCCUCCUCCCUCAUGAAAAGGUGGUGGGGUUUCUCAAAUAUAUGAGAGAGACGGCUCUCAAAUCUACUUCAGCUUGACCCUGUAGGCUGUAGUGAAAUAAGUGGCAGCAAAGAAGCUGGAUGGGUUGUUGGGUUUCACUGACCACUCUUCUA